UUAACUCUUCUCAGGAACCUUCGACUUUCCUUGCUGGGCAAAGGCAUCAUGAGUUGUCAGAUCACGUGCAAAUCUCGAGGAAGAGGAGGAGGUGGUGGAUUCCGGGGCUUCAGCAGCGGUUCUGCUGUGGUCUCUGGCGGGAGCCGGAGAUCAGGCGCCAGCUUCUCCUGCGUUAGCCGCCAUGGCGGUGGCGGAGGGGGCUUUGGUGGAGGCGGCUUUGGCAGUCGGAGUCUUGUUGGCCUUGGAGGGACCAAGAGCAUCUCCAUUAGUGUGGCUGGAGGAGGUGGAAGCUUUGGCUCCGGUGGUGGAUUUGGUGGCAGAGGAGGUGGCUUCGGAGGUGGCUUCGGAGGUGGCAGUGGCUUCGGAGGUGGUGGCGGCGGCUUUGGAGGUGGCAGCGGCUUUGGAGGCGGCAGUGGCUUCGGAGGCGGCGGUUUUGGAGGUGGCGGCUUUGGUGGAGGCCGCUUAGGAGGUGGCGGUGGCUUUGGAGGUUUUGGGGGUCCUGGUGGCUUUGGGCCUGGAGGAUUCCCUGGUGGAGGCAUCCACGAAGUCUCCAUCAACCAGAGCCUCCUGCAGCCUCUCAAUGUGAAAAUUGAUCCUGAAAUCCAGAACGUGAAGUCGCAGGAGCGGGAGCAGAUCAAAACUCUCAACAACAAAUUUGCCACCUUCAUUGACAAGGUGCGGUUCCUGGAGCAGCAGAACCAAGUAUUGCAGACCAAAUGGGAUCUGCUGCAGCAAAUAGAUGUCCGCACCCGUUCCACCAACCUGGACCCCAUCUUUCAAGCAUAUAUCGGCCAGCUGAAGAAAUAUGUGGAUUCGCUCUCUGCAGAAAGAACAACACAAGAUUUAGAGCUGAACAACAUGCAGGAUCUCGUUGAGGAAUUUAAGAAGAAGUAUGAGGAUGAAAUCAACAAGCGCACAGCUGCUGAGAAUGAUUUCGUGACUCUUAAAAAGGAUGUGGACAAUACCUACAUGACCAAGGUGGAGCUGCAGUCCAAGGUGGAUGUGCUGAACCAGGAGGUUGAGUUCAUGAAAGUUCUCUUUGAUGCGGAGGUGUCUCAGAUGCAGAGUCAUGUCACCGACACCAACGUCAUUCUGUCCAUGGACAACAACCGCAACCUGGACCUGGACAGCAUCAUAGCUGAGGUCCAGAACCAGUACGAGGAGAUUGCCCAGAAGAGCAAGACGGAGGCCGAGGCCCUGUACCAGAGCAAGUAUGAGGAGCUCCAGGUCACUGCUGGGAAACAUGGAGACAGCGUGAAAGAGAUCAAGAUGGAGAUCAAUGAGCUGAACCGUGUGAUCCAGAGACUGAAAGGGGAGAUUGACCACGUGAAGAAGCAGAACGUACAAGACAACAUUGCAGAUGCUGAGCAGAGGGGAGAGCAUGCUAUCAAAGAUGCCCAAAACAAGCUCACCGACCUGGAGGAAGCCUUGCAGCAGGCCCGGGAGGACCUGGCCCGGCUGCUGCGUGACUACCAGGAGCUCAUGAACACCAAGCUGGCCCUGGAUGUUGAGAUUGCCACCUACCGCAAGCUGCUGGAGGGCGAGGAGUACAGGAUGUCUGGAGACCUCAGCAGCAACGUGACUGUGUCCGUGACAAGCAGCACUGUUUCUUCGCACGUGGCAUCAAAGGCUGGUUUUGGAGUUGGCCAAGGUUCCGGAGGUAGAGGAUCUGGUUCUGGAGGAGGAGGAUUCAGCACUGGAAGCAGCAGUUAUGGCUCUGGAGGCAGAGGAUCAGGCUCCAGAAGUGGAGGUGGAGGAGGGGGCUAUGGCUCUGGUGGUUCCAGAGGAGGCUCUGGCUCUGGAGGAGGAUACGGUUCUGGAGGAGGCUCUAGAGGAGGCUCUGGAGGUGGAUAUGGCUCUGGAGGCGGCUCCAGAGGAAGCUCUGGAGGCGGCUCCAAAGGAGGCUCUGGCUCUGGAGGAGGAUACGGAUCUGGAGGAGGCUCUAGAGGAGGCUCUGGAGGGGGCGGAUAUGGCUCUGGAGGUGGCUUUAAAUCAGGUGGUUCUAUCUCUGAAAAGUCUGGUUCUGGCUCAGGUGAAGCUUACGGUCCCAGCGUGAGCUUCUCUUUUAGAUAAAGAUGUAGUCCCGCCCUUGACUCCCACUCCAGAAUGUAGAAGCUUGUCUCUGUACAUCUAACUGACAGCAAAUCAAAACUUGUCAUCCAUUUGGGGAAAGGGAUGCCGACAUACAGUUUUUGAAAUAUCUCCUCUCCAAACAAAUUAGUUGGAGCAGGUGACAGCCUCUGUCCCCUGGGGAAGAAUCUGCAUCGUCUAGGUUUGCGCUUCCAGCCAUACCCCCAUUCCCAGCGCCUCUUUGCAUUGCCCAUUUGGUGGUCCUUUUUCCUGACAAGUAUGCCCUCGAGGACCCCAUUUCAAAGCCCAUGCCUUUCCCCUGGCAGUGCCCAUGGGGAAACAUGUUUCUGUGUAUAUAGCCUGUCUUGCUGACUCUGCAUAUAAAGUGCUGUGGUCUUGGU